GCAUGACAUUAAUAGCAGACCAUUUGGCAAGUUACCCAAACUCGUGAUCCCAGUAUCACGUAACCAGCUGAAGCAGUUUGUAUUCAACUAACGUUGUGGAAUUACGGAUUGAUAUCUCCGAAAUCAUGGCUGUUCAAAAGCAAAGCAUGCCCCCAUUUGCUUCUAUUAUUUCUGUUCUCUCCAUUGUGUUUUACUGCGCCGGCUUUUUAAGAGUUGAACUGGAACUACACGAACAAAAGAAAAGAAUAAACGACCUUGAAAGCGUUGCGGAGGCCAAGUCGCCAUCAAACGACGCAGGCAUGAAGAUAAGCAAGAAUGCUCCUGAAGGUCAAUCCUUUAAACUCCACAGACACAGCCGUCACGUUGACUCAACUGAGAACUCGACAGAAGCUAAACACACAGCUGAAACGAUGCUCAAAAUCAACAAACUUUUAUCACAGGGGAGAGUGCAUCUCUGUCAGUCAAAGGAUGUCACGUGCUCGUCAGGUCCCCAAGGACCUCCCGGUCCACCUGGACCAAGAGGACACAAAGGAGCCCGGGGACGAAGAGGACUGAAAGGAAAGACUGGAAACAAGGGCGAUCAAGGUAUUAUGGGAUCGACAGGAAAGAGCGGCAAGCAAGGCAUCAUGGGACCUGUAGGACUACAGGGAGAGACUGGAAACAAAGGAGAGAAAGGAGACAUGGGACCUGUAGGCAUGCCGGGAACUAAAGGCGAACCCGGUGAAUCGAUAUCAUCUCCUGCUGUGGUUGUUUCUCCAGUGACGUUGACAGUGAACGAAGGUGGAACAGCCUCGUUUCAGUGUUCAGCCAGCGGUAAUCCUGAGCCUACUGUAGCGUGGGGUAAACUGGGCAAACAGUCAAAAAUAACUCAAUCAGCGGUUUCACGUGGAAAGUUGGAGUUAAAAAAGGUGACCGGAAGUGACUCGGGCGUGUAUCAGUGUUUAGCAACAAACAUCCUGGGGAAUUCACAGGAAGUGGUGCGAUUAACAGUAAAUGUUUAUCCUCAAGUUUCCCUUCAACCGGGACCUGAGUUCGUCACGGAAGGAAGUGAUGUCACCCUACCAAACUGUCAAGUGACCGGAUACCCGGCACCAGUAGUGACCUGGAGGAAGUCGUCUGGUCAGCUACCCCAGCGGAGGGCGCACUAUAACAACAGUGUCUUACAAAUUUCCGAUGUCCGUAAAAGUGACUCUGACGCAUACUUCUGUUCAGCAGUCAACCUUUUAGGAAAUGUUGAAAGGAAAACUCAGCUAGUUGUUGUUUCCCUUCCUGUUUUUACCGUUAAGCCACCUGAAAAGGUGUUUGCUGUUACCGGCGACACUUUGACGUUAAACUGCAGCGCUACUGGUGAUCCAAGACCAGUCAUCAGCUGGAAAAGACAAGGAGCAGAACUGCCCGUGGGGAGGAGUCAUAGGACAGAAGAGAAGCUCAUCUUAAGAGAUUUUAGAGUAGGGGACUCUGGGAACUAUAUUUGUGUGGCAACAAGUGCAGGAGUGUUUAAUAUCGAAGCAGUAAGUUAUGUGGAAUUUGGAAAACCAAAAGAUUGUUCUGAUCUGCUAAAAUCAGGCCAUACUCAAAGUGGAUUGUACUCUGUCAACCCAGACGGUAGAGGACACUUUACCGUCUACUGCGACAUGCGCACUGAUGGUGGAGGCUGGACCGUCUUUCAGAGAAGACAAGAUGGCUCGGUAGACUUC